GCCACGUAAUCACUCACCGGUAACAGUUCCGUUUAAGCAUCCUUUCCUCGUUUGCUCAAAUGGUCGGCCCCACCCGCGUAACUGAUAUUCGGGAAUGCCGCCGAUUUGAUUGACGGUGUUCCGCCGCAUUUAUUUAUAAUUUCAUAUUCAACGGUGGCGCCUUCACACCACUAUCCGGAUUUCCUCUGUUCAUGUUUCAUCGAUUAUAGUUUGAAGGAAGGUUCCGACUAGGGCUAGGGUUUGGUGUUUUUCUACAAAUUACCUGGAUUCAAAUCAACUUUAAAGUAAAACAAGGAGAGAAUAAUUUCACAGCAACAGUUUACCUUUUUUAAACGUUUCAGCUUUCCCUUCAUGCCGCCAUGCUUUUCCUUCAUUCACUUUACGUGAUUGGUUAGAACAGCUGGAGAAGCAGUUAACAGUCACCGGAAGAAGCAGAUUAGCAAAUAGGAAGGCUUGAUUUUUGUUGGUUUCAGAACGCCAACAAUUUGUUCAAAUCUUUACAUGAAUAUGACUUUCCAGGAACAAGAUCCUGAUGUUGUUAGAUGGGGUCUUCAUCACCUGAUGGAAGUUUGUUCUGUAACUAAUGGUGGAUCACCAGCAGUUUUUACUCAUUAUGACAAGGAUAUAUCUAGUGUUGAGUAUGUGAGCGAAGGUUACUGUGUGCCAAAUUAUGUCAAUGUUGAGAAUGAUGAGAUAUCAAAUUAUGUUGAGAAUGAUGAGAUGAUUGCUCAAGCUUUACAAGAAGAACUAUCACGACUUGCACUGGAGGAAAAUCAUGGAUCAUCUGGUAACAAUCAACAAAAAGAAUCUGUGCUUGCUCAAGAUUGGGUUUCCCCUUCACAAAGACAUGAUAAUUUUACUACUGAGAGCAGUCAAGAUCAAGACUAUGCAAAUGAAAUGGGAACAAGCAAUUCUUUGUUCAGCACUGAAGAAAGAUCAGGUGAUGAUGAAGAUCAAUCAUGUUCCCCUGAGAUGGCAGAUGAGUCUACUCUUGAUGGUGAAGUAGGAAAGAGAAUAAAUCAAAUGGUUCCCAUUCGUCAUGUCCCUAAAGUAAAUGGAGAAGUACCCUCUGCUGAUGAAGCAACAUCAGAUCAUCAAAGGCUAAUGAACAGAUUGGAGCUCUAUGAUUUAGUUGAACUAAAAGUUUCAGGGGAUGGUAACUGCCAGUUUCGUGCCUUGUCUGAUCAAAUCUACCGAUCAAGUGAGCACCACAAGCUUGUGAGAGAACAAGUUGUUCAUCAGCUCAAGUUUUAUCCAGAAUUAUAUGCAGCUUAUGUUCCCAUGGCUUAUGAUGAUUACUUGAAGAAAAUCAGCACGGCUGGUGAAUGGGGUGAUCAUGUCACAUUGCAGGCUGCAGCAGAUGCGUUUGGAGUGAAGAUAUUUGUGUUAACUUCGUUUAAGGAUACUUGUUAUAUUGAGAUUUUACCAUGUGCUCAAAAAUCAAAUCGAAUUAUCUUCUUGAGCUUUUGGGCUGAGGUGCAUUACAAUUCGAUUUAUCCAGAAGGAGAGCUACCGAGCAUGGAACAGAGUAAGAAGAAGAAAUGGUGGAUGCUUGGGGGUUGAAUGACAUUUGGGUGUGUAACAGGAAAUAAAUUGUGGGUGUUAUAGGAGAGACAAUAUUAUAAUGUAUCAUGUAUGCUUGAUCGUGUGGGCUUUUUUUUUAUUUUUAUUAAGGUAUAGUUUUUGUUUUGGGUUCUGAUGAUGGGAGAGAGAAAUUAGGUUAUGAGGUUGCAUGCAUGGCUUCAAAUAGGGAAAUUGUUUGUGGCUUAAGUUAUGAUUUAUGAACACGAUUUGCAUGGGUAUAAAUUGAUGGGUUCCGUC